AACACAUCUGAUAAAGAAAAGGCCAUCAAUGACUGGCUUCCCAUCUCUUCUUCUCGGAAUGCCAAAUGGUGGUAUUCCGCCUUCCACAAUGUCACUGCUAUGGUUGGUGCUGGUGUUCUCAGCCUUCCCUAUGCCAUGGCCGAGCUUGGAUGGGGUCCUGGUGUGGUUAUUCUUAUUUUAUCCUGGGUGAUCACUCUGUACACUCUAUGGCAAAUGGUUGAGAUGCAUGAAAUGGUCCCGGGGAAGCGAUUCGACAGGUACCAUGAGUUGGGUCAGCAUGCUUUUGGUGAAAAGCUUGGCCUAUGGAUUGUUGUUCCACAGCAACUGAUAGUGGAAGUUGGUCUGGGCAUAGUAUAUAUGGUCACAGGAGGGAAAUCACUGAAGAAGUUCCAUGACACUGUGAGCCCCAACGCCCCAAACAUCAGGCUCACCUACUUUAUCAUGAUCUUUGGCUCUUGUCACUUUAUUCUCUCUUUCCUUCCCAACUUGAACUCCAUCUCCGGUGUCUCCUUGGCUGCAGCUGUCAUGUCCUUGAGUUAUUCCACCAUUGCUUGGACAGCUUCAGUUCACAAGGGGGUUCAAAACGAUGUGAGCUAUGCCUACAUAGCCUCAACCUCAACAGGGAAAGUCUUUGGCUUCUUUAGUGCCCUUGGUGAUGUAGCUUUUGCCUAUGCUGGGCACAAUGUGGUCUUAGAGAUCCAGGCAACAAUUCCCUCUACACCUGAAAAGCCUUCAAAGAAGCCUAUGUGGAGGGGUGUGAUCGUCGCCUAUAUCGUUGUUGCCAUUUGUUACUUCCCUGUUGCACUUGUUGGGUACUAUGUUUUUGGCAAUAGUGUGAAAGACAACAUUCUUAUCUCACUAGAUAAACCCAGGUGGUUGAUUGCUAUGGCUAACAUGUUUGUUGUCAUUCAUGUUAUUGGGAGUUAUCAGAUUUAUGCAAUGCCAGUGUUUGACAUGAUGGAAACUGUGUUGGUGAAGAAGUUGCAUUUCACUCCUUGCUUUAGACUUCGCUUCUUUUCAAGGACAACAUAUGUUGCAUUUACUAUGUUCGCUGCUAUGUCCUUCCCAUUCUUUGGUGGGCUUCUUGGGUUCUUUGGAGGCUUUGCUUUUGCACCUACAACUUACUUUCUCCCUUGCGUCAUGUGGCUUGCAAUCUACAAGCCAAGAAAAUUCAGCUUAUCUUGGUUCGCAAAUUGGAUCUGCAUCAUACUGGGAAUUAUGUUGAUGGUUGUAGCACCCAUUGGUGCACUUAGGCAGAUUAUCCUUGAUGCCAAGACCUACCAGUUCUACUCAUAGAUCAUCUCGGCACAAGAUGUGGUUAUUUAUAGAGGAACCAACAAAGAAGAAGAAGAAGAAGAAGAUGCAAGUGAUGAACAGGCCUCACCUGGCUGAGAAACGUUAGUCUUUGUA